AUGCCGGAAUCAUCCCAUCCUGAGGUACAACUCGAUGUGUGGUGGCUCCGAUUCUGUGAAGACAUUUUCCAGCAAAGCGGAUAUGGUGAAGGUUGCUGCCUCGAAUAUUGCCUCGAUGCCGGUUGGGUCUUCAGCUGGGAUGACAGCAGCCUCUGGGAUGCCAGCGGGACGUACAGCAGCGCGUACCGUGGAUCUUCUGCUUCGGGCGAUGGGAUGGUGCUGACGUAUGGAAGUGAUUCGUCGGGAACCGUGAAGGUUUUCAUGAAUGGCCAGGAAAAAGGCAGUGCUGCUGCCAACACUGUGUCGCAGAAAGCCGAGCUGGUUUUUAACACAGGAGACAUUCUGCAGAUCCAAGAGAUUGAUUCAAUCAUCUUGAUUCAAUCUAUAGACUUCGUUUGCGACGUCACCUCAGCCACAGUGCCAGUGUGGUCAUACCACGAGACGGUGCCUUCUGGCAGCCUGCCCUACGAGAUGGGCUACCAGGCGGACCUUAACCUCAACGCGGCUUCAUACACGGUCAUGCUAUGGUUGAAGCAGGGUGUCAGUGAACCCAGCGACGCCAUCAUCAUCGCGCAGCACAUCGGAACUUCCACCACAACCACCGAAACGUCGAUCACAGUCACGUCGACAGAUUUGUGUCAAUGGUCGGUGUACCCGGACUUGUACUCCAGUGGUUAUGCUGGUGAUGUGACCGAUGCGUUCGACCUCCACUCUGCUAAGGAGAAGUGUAAGGAGCUGGGCGAGUCUGCCUGCAGGGCAGUGACGUGCUCAAGUGAUGGCACUUGCACAGUCCGAGCCGCAGUCAAGUUGGCUGCCAGUGCAUAUGGAGAGACCUCGUAUGUGCCAAGCGCUGUAUGCUACCUAGGAGGAUACCGGAACCUAGUUGGGUUGACAAGGUCUGGUGUGCCUUGUACAGACAGCGCCACGGGGGAUGGCUUCAUCAUGUACUCAGCACAGGAUGUGCGAUCACGCUUCAGCCCAACUUCUCUCCCAUCAGACAUGGCGGACCACCUCGUUUGUGUGAAGUACUCCAGUGGCACUGGUUGGAUGUACGACGACGAUGCUGGAAACUACGUUGCAUUCGUCAGUCGGGACACCGACGUGCUGGUUGCUUCAGUGGACUUUGCUGCUGAUACUGUGACGAGCCUGGAAGGAACUGAUGACUAUUAUGCCUACGUUACGAAAGGCUAUAAUUCUGGUGAUCUGGUGUUUACUGCAGGCAAGUACGGAACAAGCAGCACAAGUGAUGUUGGGGAGGUACAUGUUUCUGGGACGUACUUUGUAGCGCCAUCCGUUGACACUGCUUUGUACCCAGAUGUGCUGGCGACGGCGGCAAAUGCGCCAACCCAGUUUGCCAGCACGACGGGUCAGAUUGACUACUAUCAGCACCAGACAAGCAGUGCCAGCGAAGUGCACAUGAGCGUGAAGAACUACUACAGCGGUUCAGACAGCGAGAACUGGAAGGUUUUCGAUGGAUCCUACACCAGUUCCGUCAAGGUGCAAGAGCCAGACCUGCUGUGGGAAGGAGAGGGCCUGCAAUUGCGCGUUCACUCCGUUGCUGGGCCGGCAAAGGUUACUCUCUACACCACAACCAGCGACAACACGUACACUGCGUAUUUUCGGACUUCGGACUUAUCUUCUGGCAGCUGGACGUCAGGUGACAUCCAGAAUGCAACUGCCGACUGGAUCCAGCAGAGCUCGUAUUGGAAGUGGACCAUCCCCAUCAAGGCAGAGACGAUGAAACUGGAGCUGAAUCUUCGAGGCUCCGGGCUGACCUUCACAGACAGCCCCGAUGGAAACGAACAUGCGAGCCGCUCUUUCGAAAUGAGUGGCUUCGAGGUCAAUUUGCGGAGCACUGUCACAACGACCAUCACUACCAGCACGAGCACGAGUACUACCGCGACUCUAACAACAACCACAGAGACAGUGUCCACUUCCACGUUGACAAUCACCACCACAACAGUUACCUCCUUUCCGUCCGUGGGCUUCGACAGCCAUGCAGACCUGAAGUGUGAGAGCACAGGUGAGACCUCCUCGGGUCUGACAGACGCAACGGAAGAUCAAUGCAAGCUAGAAUGCUGGACGUCUUCGACCUGUGUUGGGUUCAACUAUGCUGCCGCCGGUGGUGACAACUGCCUUCUCCUGACUUCUUUCACGAGCCUUUCGGCUCUGACGGGCACGACUUGCUACCUGCGAGUGGCAGCUGGAAUGUGUCCCUACACAUUCCAGUACGCGUACUACACCAACGGCGCCUAUUGCUGUAAGACUAACAAGGAGAAGGACGACGGUUCCGGCAAAAGCUGUGAUGGAAGUGCCAUGCAUGCCGACGGCACCAUUUCCAUGUGCUGUGUGACUUGCCCGCAUCAUCGCUUCUUGAUUGGCAGCAUGUUUCUGCCUACUGCCAGUGGUUCUGACCAGCUUGAGACACAUGUUGAGUUGACUCUCGUGGUGCUAGGUGCCGACUACCAAUCGCGGCUUGGCAGCAGAUGGUCGGUGCUCGGCAGCUGGGGGCUCUUUCUCGGUGUGCCCGAGGUACACGUCAGCAACAAUGCAUGGCGUGGCCACCUUUCAUUACGAAGAUACAACAACGACGAUCACAUCCACCACUUCCACGGACACAUCAUUGACUGUUACAUCCUCUACUGUCACGUCAUCCAGUACCACGUCAUCUGCUUCAACAUCAUCCAGUACCUCAUCAUCGAGUACGACAUCAACCACAGGCCCGAGCACGACUACCACGAGCAGUUCCAGUACUUCAUCAACAUCCGUAUCGAUAACAUCUUCAACGGCAAUUUUCGCCAGAUUCCGCUGGCCCUUGACACACGAUGCGGUCAGAGUGUUGCCAAGCACUCUUUGCGAGCUAGAAAAGGCUACUUGCAUUGGAGCUCGGUUUACUCUGCCUUGUUUUCGGAUGCGUAUGAAGAGAACGACGAGUUCUUUUGGUCUGUGGAGUAUGUGAGCAGCGAUGCUGUGAGGCUGAAGAACGUGAAGCAUGGCACUUACCUUGCUUCCGACGGGUCCACAUUGUCCUUGGAGAGUACUGCCAGCAGCAACGGCCUCUGGAAAUAUGCCACGGUCGAUAGCUCCGUAACCUUGCAGCACUCGUCCUCCAGCAAGUACCUCUGCACUACCGCCUUUCCUUCUUUGUCCGACAGCUGUGCGUCGAAGAGCUGGACCGUCACCUUCCUGGCCAACACUGUUUCGGCGGCAGUCUUCACCUCAGUCACGGUGACAACGACUUCGUUGACCACAACAACCAGGGGAGGCGAGGUGAAGUAUCGGUUGCUUUCGCCUGCAAGCAUCAAUUGGAGGACAACGAGUGAGACUUCUGUGACUUCGACAACAACCAGCACAACUGCAACUGUAUCGCUGACUUCAACCACUUCCACAGUAUCGGCCACCUUGACAACACUAACGACCUCCUCGUCCACAGUCAGCACUGUAUCAUCCACCACAACCAGUGUCGUCACGACAACGCUGACCUCAAGCACCGUUUCCGUAACAACUACCACGACCUUGACGGCUCAGUUCGACAGAACCCGUUUUGACAUUAGCUUGAAAGACGGACGGUACUACAUCAGUUUCCUGGCAGUAAAAGGUCACUACUUGCAGGAGUGCCACUCAGACACCUCCCUCAGCAAGGAUGUGUGGCAGCACGUGGCCUUCGUUUAUGAUAAGGAUGCAAAAACCCAGUCAAUCUACAUUGACGGAGGUUUGGACAAGACCUGCUCAGAUAUCGAGUCUUUGAAUACGGAUGAAACCAACCAGUUCUAUCUUGGCGGAGCUUUACAACGAGGAGCCACAACCACCUGGACGGGCUCCAUUUCUGAUGUCAAUGUUUUCCUUGAGGUUUUGACAGCUGAGCAGCUUGGUGUGGCAAAGCUUACAGCCUGCUACCUUCCAGGAACCGAUUGCCGAGUGCAGUUGGACACGUGGCACACCAAGGGCACUUGCCUCGUGGAUGCAGACACAAGCACGCUCUCCCCGAAAUCAUGCAGCACCUUCUGUGCGACAUACGGGAUGCAAUGCCUCAAAGCAGCUGCCUCCAGCGGCUCGUGCACGCUCUCGUCGACUACAGCUGCCAGGGCCGCAAGGUAUGGCUGUGAUGAGACUAUGGACAGCCAGGUGUCUCCAGGAGCCUUGGACGACACCAGCGAUGACCAGAUGUGGCGGGCUGCAAAUGAUACCGACGAGCACAUGACCAUAGAUGUGGGCUCCAGCAACUACUACGUUUGCGGUGUCAUCACACAAGGGAGCGGCAGUGCAGACUAUUGGGUCAAAACCUUCGAGGUCGACUUCAGUGAGGACAACAGCAACUAUGUUGCGAUCGCCGGAACGUAUACUACGGCCGGUGACAAGACGACACAGAAGCUGUCCAGAUUUCCGUUGCCAAUGCGUGCCCGUUAUGUUCGGAUUUGGCCUGCUACAGUCAACGGAGCGCUGGCGAUGCGUGCCGGACUGGUGACAUGUGGGCCCUUGAGAGCCGGAACCUCGACCAACUAUGCCUCGACUGCAGGCGUCACGUGCCAUGCAGAUGUCACGAACUGUGGCAGUCAGAUUAUCGAUGGCAGCAAAUGCACUGACAGUGCCUCUUUUUCGGGGGCUAUGGCCACAGCAUCCACAGAGCUCUGCACGUCCAAGUACUGGGUGCAACUUGAUCUAGGAGCUACUCUGUCGAACAAUGCGCCAACAAAGCUGGUGAACAAGGUAGUGGUGUAUGGUUGUCAGAACUUGAUGUACUGUGGCCGGGCACUGGAAGUCUCAGUCGAUGGGACCACAUGGUCCAUGGUCCACGAGUCAGACACGGCAUAUGCUUACCAGAUGCAAAAAGAUGACGAUGAUGCGCCCAAUGUAACUUACAGCGAUGUGGAAUUGGGUUCGGGAAGCAUUUUUCGCUUCGACUUGCGUGCCAUUCGCUACGUGAAGGUUUGGUCGAGCAUUAGCGACAGCACAACAGCCGUGCACUUCGCGGAAAUUGAAGUCUACGAGCAGGCCGCAGAGUUGAACUAUCAGUUCGAUACCGACAUGGCGAGCACGGCUGUGACCAUGGGCACCCUGAGCAAUCUGGGAAUGUUGUCCGACUACAUGUUCAUGGCAUACUGGAAUGCAGGCAGCCUCACAACCAAUGCCUACUACCCGAUCUUUGGACAAACGCAAGACAGCGGGCUAAACUUCUACGUGAAGCAGACGGCCACAAACACUGUCCAACUUGAGCACAAAGUGGAUGGCUCGGACGGGUGCAGUACUAGUGCGACUUCGGUUGAGAGCGACUGGAACCAUGUGGUGCUUUCCUUCACAGCCAGCACAAAGGCGUCGACCUUCUACCUGAAUGGGGCGGAGGUGACGCCAACUUGUGCAGCGCAGAUCAGUGCUUCGGAUGGGGCCGUUGAGUAUGGAGGUGGUCGCGGAGAAGGCACCUGGAGUGGGAACCUUCAGCAAGCCAAGCUGUACGCAAGAACGGUCCAGAGUGAAGACUUGUUGAACUUCAGCAACUGGUGCUCUAGCUUCAGCUGCAGUGCGGGAUACCGCCGCAACUCUCGUCGCCGAACAGUAUGCAGCACUACUAGCUGCACAGAUACAGAGUGCUGUGAGGAGUGGCCAACUUGCGCCUCGACGGAUUGCACGGCAGACUCGAAGUACACCUCGAGGAGGCGAAACUACUGCUUCCGCAGCUGCACAGAGACGUUGUGCUGCACCUGGCGUACACUGAAAUCCUUCACUCUGACGGGAACAUCAACUCCGACGGUGAGCACUCACAGCACAGACUCCUGGGUCGACUUCGGCACGACCUGUCUGGAUCAGUUCGAUGAGGCGCUUCCUGUGAACUCCUCUGGAACGGUGGACCGCACCACAGUGGGCACGUACACCGUUACAUAUGACUGCACUGAGCACAACCUCAACAAAGUGCUGGCGACUUUGACACGGACAGUGUCGGUCGUGGAGAGCAUGUACAUCAAUCCAGCGUUGUAUUGGGUGGUGCAGCGCGAGGCGGGAUCUUGGACAGAUACGGUCUCCAAGUGCUACGACACUGCAGACACGUUCAAUGCCGACAUUGCUGAUAUGCACCAGAGUUUCUCGUGGGAUGCGAGCCUUCGGCUCUACAAUGGCACGGCAGGGGGUGUCACGGAGGAAAACUAUACGGUCACCUACACCUGCUCCUUGACCAGUGAGAAGAUAGAGAAGACCCUGAUGGUGCGCGAUGCAAUACGACUGUAUGGGCCAGAUCCCCAUGUGGUUCGUGCUGGGCGGCUUCGGUGGAAUGAGGGAAAGUGUGAGGUGUGCGACACUACGGACACCAACCCUGGAGAGUCAUCGUGCUCGUACUCAGAUGACAACUCCAGCACCACGGACAGGUGUGGUUUAACGACCACGGGUUGGAAGGCCAGCGCCACUGCCGGGGAGGGCACCUAUCUGCAAAUGGAUCUGGGCUCAAACCUCAAGGUGGCAGGAGUCAAAACCAAGGGACACUCAGAGGAGGAAGCUUGGCUGAAGACCUACACAGUCGCGUACUCGACGGAUGGGUCGAGCUGGACAGAUGUCUCUGGAACUUUCACGGGGAACACAGACCAGAGCACGGAAGUGGAAGCUAUGUUGCCUGCUGUUGUGGAAGCACGUUAUUGGCGCAUUUUCGCCAAGACCUUCAACGAGCUUGUGGCAGCUCGAGCUGCCAUGAUUGUCUGUAGCACGACCAGUACGAGUACCGACACGGACUGCCCGUGUGGCUAUGUCGCCGCAGAUGAAAACCAAACGUGCAGAACCGAUGUGACAGUGGACUGCAUCGACACCACAGGCACCGAGCAAACCCCAUCGUUAAAUCCAUCAAUCAUCGGAGCUCUGGCUCCAGUGGAGAGCACCGUGACGUACUCGUGUUCUGGGGCUCCUGACUACACGCGGACCGUGAAGAUCCGAGACUCGAUAUCCCUGGUCGGCAGCUCCUCGGUGUUGGUUCCAGGCGGCGUGUCAGGCCAGUGGAACGUUUCUGGCGGUACCUUCUCGGAGACUGGCAGCACAUGCAUCACGCACGAGGGUGAAGAGCUUACACCAACAGUGGACCUGGACUACCUCCCCUUUACUACAGAGCGCACGUACGUCAUCAACUAUGAGUGCCGAAGGCGGGCUGCUCCCGUUCUUCAGCGCGUUGUGGAGGUGCGAUUUCCCCACAGGUUUGAGAAUGAGGCGAAGAAGGUGUGGACUCUGGGAAGUGAAUUGAGUACGUCUGCUACGCACAUUGAAGAUACAUGGCAAUGCAUGGACUUAACGGCCACCUCACAAAGCUCCUCAAGGUUGCCCCUCAGCGCAGAUUUUUUCGACCGCUAUGUGGAGAACUACAUCUCAUACCCCUUCCUCUCCUGUGCCACCGGAGUGCCCACCAUCGUGCGCUCGGGAGAGGUGCGCCAUCCGGUCUUCUUGUCGGGUGACCGCCAGGAGUUCCGCCUCGGUAUCAGCCAGAGUUCUUCAGGCACCUACAGCUUGGGGCAAACCGACUUCGAUGCCCGCUUCGCAGCCAGCCUCUUCCGCAUUAUCCGCCGGACUUGUGCAACUUGUGGCGCUGACUUCCAGGACAUCUACUACCGGCGACUCACAGACAUGCCAAGUGAUUUUUCUGCUUACAAGAUGAUGGCCUGCGAAUGGACGUCUACAAACAACGAGGAAGGCAAGGACUUCAAGAUUUACGGCAGCCUAGCAGAUGCCAUCUCCGAUACAAAUGCAUGGUCUUAUCAUGGCUUUGGAGGUACCGAUGUGGGUUUUCCGGGCACAUCGGGACCUUCUUCUGCGUCAAGUGGUCAGUACAGCAGUAUACCGGUGUCUGAGUGCUCUUCAUCCUCCACUGCCACCGGGGUGAACAGCAACUUCUACAUCUAUGACUACGCCUCAUCGCUGGUGCCUGGCACCUGCACGCGGGACGUCGGCACCCUUGGCAGCGGCGCUCAGUGUGACGACGAUGGAGGAGUGGAGAGCCGAUUGGGGUUCCUGAUGUUCACCAAAACUUCUCGUGCCGCGAGGUGGCAGUCGACCGCUACGUCUUUUGCGGAGAACUUCGUUUGCGCCCGCUUCACGGGUGUGGAGUGGCAGUAUUUGGAAGACACCACGUGGACGUCCUUCCUUCCAUACCCGACGGAUGUGCUUCUGGCCAGAAUCGAGUUUGACAACGACACGAUCACACCCUUAAAGGGAGUGGAUGAGGAGUUCUACACAGUGAAGAUGGGGUACGUGGAUGGCGACGUAGAGUUUACAUUGGAGACCAGCUCGGUGACCAUCGUUGGCACAUCCUUUGUCGCGCGUUGUGGCGAGGACUUGUGGUGUCGAGCUGGUCUUCGCCCCAGUGGUAUAGACGGAGCUUCGUACUGCUGUGCAAGCUCUUGCGGCACCUGUGGAGGGUCCAGUUGCUCCGACAACGGAGCUUUGGACAUCUGCUGCUUGAGCACCCUGCUCGAAGCUGGCAGGGUUUGCCGUGACCAUGAUGAUGUGUCCUGCUUGAUUCCGGAGACGUCUGUUCUUUGUGGUGGCAGCCUGCAGCUGAACAACUUCGAGUCUGCGGCCAACAUGAAGGAAGCUGGUUGGACCAUCGACACUGCCAGUGACGCUAGCCUUUUCUCCGCAGACUCCGGCUUCAAUGGCUGGUACAGGGGUUUCGGUGCAGGAUCAGACGCUGGCGGAAUCAGCGUCACACUGCGGGGCUACGGGCAGCUCGACCUGACUUACGGCAAUGGAAAUUCUGCCUCGGGCACGAACAACCAAGUGCAGGUACUACUCGAUAGUGUUGAACUUGACACAGCUGGCUCGACUGAAUCGGAAAAGACGGUCUCCAUCGACUUCACGGACGGGGCUGUGCUGGAGAUCAAGGAUGCUGGCGACGCCAUCAUUCUUGUGAAAGGGCUGGCUUUUAAGUGCCUGCUGCAAGAUUUCUGGCCACGGGUGGUCAUCAAGGGUGGGGAGCUCGACGCUCCCAGCACCUGGACCUCUUGGCCUGCGGAGGCGUGUUACCAGGAGGGCGAGUCAUCUCACGGUGCCUGGACUGGCAGUGUGACGUUGAGCGCCACCACGGUCUCCACUGCCAGCGAAGGUAUCUUCCCAGUGACUUAUACGUGCACCAGGUCCAGCAUCCAAACCACAAGGACCGUAAUUGUGAGAGUCCGGCAUCCUGUGGAAAUGGUGGGCCGGGAGGCCAUGAUCGUCCGCCAAUCUGCUGGUGCCAAUUUCACGGAUCCGGGUGCGGCGUGUGUUAGUCGCGAUUUGGUUCCGUUGGCCGUUUCGACUUCCCCCUCAAGCCUCGCAUUGGACAGUGUUGGCGAGUACUCGCUCGCAUAUUCGUGCACCGACAGCAGCAGCCGAACUUCCACCAAGAUUCGGUACGUCCAGGUUGCACCUGCCAUAGAGUUGAAAGGGGACGCGGUCGUUGUAAUCGAAAAGGACAAGUCAUGGAGCGAUCCUGGCGUACAGUGCGUGGACGUCAGUGAAGGUUUGCUGGCAUACACUGCCAGUCCUUCUCCAGUAGACACAUCGUCAGCAGGAUCGCACACAGUCACGUACACCUGCACGGAUACUGGUGGGACAGCUCUGACUGCGACUAGGACUGUGAUUGUCACCAGCGGCCUCCCUGGAACCAUCGUCCAGGGCCCCAGUUCGGGCAUCACACUGCUUCUCGGAGAGACAUUUCAGGAUCCGGGAGUAUGCUGCAGGGAUACCCACAAUCAGGUCCUGCCAUUCUCCAGCAUUUUGAAUUCUGCUCAUUCCAAGUGGAGCGGCGUGCAAACACUUUUUUACAGCUGUACAAGUUUUGGUGUGUCCGAAAGCGCAGUGCGGACUCUGACGGUCAACACCGUGCCCAAAAUUUUCCUCACGGGUGAUGCCGAAAUGCUGUCAGUACUGGACAGCGUCUACGCAGAUGCCGGGGCAGUCUGCACAGAUAUUGAGGACGGUCUCAUCACAGCUUGGGGGUCAAGUGGCCUUGGUGAUUCGCAGAAACUGCCCGUGCUGAGGGCAGGGGCCAGCGGAACAGUAACAGCAGGUGCUGUGGCCAACAUUUUUGACGGUGACGAAGCCAGCUCCGUGGCCGAAGCUUGCGAGUCCUGCGUAGAGGUGCCACAGUCGGUGAACCUGUGGAUAGAUCUGGGCGCUGGCAAAGUCGUCCACAAGUAUGCUCUGGCUGGAACGGUCUCAGGUGUCAGCAUCUUAGUGGGACCAGAUGUCAAUGUGGGGCCUGCCUGCAAGACUGGCAUCACCACCUCUCUGGGAACCACUACAACUGUAGAAUGCGAUGCUCCUUUGGCUGGCCGCUUUGUAACACUGGUUGGGUCUGGUUCAUCUAGCAUGAAGGUCUGUGAGCUCACCGUGUAUGGAACGGUCGGGCCUGCUGCACCUGCCCGACUGAAUAUCACAGGUUCACCCUCAAGCUGCACUGGAGUUGAUGCCGUCCAGCUCGAGCUGGCUGGACACAAUGACAGUGCCUUAGGUGUCAUGUACUCGACGCAACUGGCUGGGAGCAACAAUGAGCUGCGCACGGAUCUGGGCACUGGCCCUCAUCUACAAACAGAAGCUGUGGCUGAUACAGCUUUGGGCACUCCUGGUUCCGAGCGCUGGGUUUUGCGCGACGCCAACUGGGAAGAGCAAGCAUAUGCCCCUGGAGGAGAAAGCUUCCCUCCCUUAGAGGGAAGUCAGUGGACCGUUUCAGCUACGGGUGCCACUUGCACGGGCCUUUCCUUUGCGGUCGACCCCGCAGAUUCAUGUAGUUGGCUCUUUGGACCCUCCAGUGCCGAUGAUACGUACGGCUGUGCGGAUGGCAGUGAAUGUACAACGGAGGGCUGCUGCUUGACGGCUGGUGGCCUUGCGCGAUGUCCACCAAAUCUUCCGAGGAUGUGCGAGGCACAGACUUGUGGCAGUGACUACUGCUGUAAAUCGGAUUGCGCCUCUGAUGAUGGGAAUCGCGUGUGCAAGCAAAGCUCCAUGUCCAGCAGCGCCGGAAGCUCUACGCUGGCGCGGAUGGAGGUGGUGAAUUCUGUUCUUGCCAACGACCCCGCAAUCUACAAGGUGACCUACACAUGCUAUGACUCGGCCGGCGCACAUGUCUCCGCCACGAGAACUGUUGAGGUUGGAUGUGAAGAUCCAAAUCCAGGCGGAACGUACGGUGGCAACCGUGUUGCUUGCAGCACUGUCACCAAAGAGACACAAGAUGUGUCCAAUUAUGACACAUGUGAGACGCUCUGCCUAUCGGCCAGCAGUUCGGACUGUGUAGCAUAUACGUUCUUCCCCAAUGGCACGUGCCAGUUCAUGACCCUCUGCACAGGGCGGUACUUCAUGAUCAUCAACGGCACGGAUCGCCACGUAGCGUACUGCCGACGUGUGGACACGGCUCCCAGCAUAUAUCUGGAAUCUGGAGUGAGCUGGUUCCUCCUCGGCACCACGACCUACAGCCUCCCCGCGGUGACUUGCUCCGAUUCCGAGGAUGGGCAAAACAUCGCUGACCCUGUGAAUAACAUCAACAGUGUAGUUGAUGUAAACACUGCCGGCAACUACAUCGUCACGUAUACGUGCACGGACAGCGCUGGACAGUCGACGUCCGGAACGCGGACCGUCACAGUAAAGGCGAACUGCUCGGUUCCCACGGUGGAGAAUCAGAACUCCACUACUGGAUACUGCAUGGAGGGGACAUCUUUCGCUCAUGGCACGACAUGCACGGGCGCCUGCAAUUUUGGGUACGCACCGCGCAAUCCAACUCACACCUGCACUACCACGUCGGAUACGGAUUACCAGUCGGCUUUCAGUCCCACGCUUGUCAUGUGUGAUGUCCUUCCAUGCAACGAGCCCACGGUUGCCAAUUCCGCCGUCAGCCCCACGGAUGGCUUGCCAAAAGCUUGUGCAGAAAGCAACACUGCUCGUGAGAUCCCAGAUUCCAGUGUCUGUACCCCGCAGUGUGCGGAUGGUUACGUUCCGCGCGUUCCGGGCGUCGGCUCGUAUGCCGUGCUGAAUUGCUCCGCCAAGAUCCUGGACCCUCCGGAAUUUGUUUGUGAGCUUCCAGCAGCUUCGCCCUUGUCCAUCUUUGCCCCCUCGAGACCCAAGCCAGAAGGUGCCGUGGACAUCACGCUCCAGUUUGCAACCGGCUUGGCCAACGAUUGUGCUUGGUCCGGAUUUACCUUCGAGGGCAAGCAGGUAAAGAGCGAUGAAACCACGAGCUUCGGUGAGAUGGUCGGAUGUGAAUCCAGUGUGUUCACGAGCCGGGACACGGUGACAUGUAUGGCAACAGGCUUGGUUGAGGGUGGUGAUUACCAGUUUCGCGUCAUGGAGGUUUGCACUGAUACGAACAUGAACAGUCCCUGGACCUCGUCAGAAGUUUUCACGCUGCGAUUCGUCAUCGUCCCGGACAUCUUGCUCCUGCUUCCAGAGGGUGAUCAAUAUAGUGCUGUCAGCCAAGUGCUCCUUGCAAUGCAGGUCGAUGUGUACGUCACUUCCGACACAAGCAAAGCGUUUUACAUUGAUCGAACGAAUAUCCGAGCUGGCGGCGAAGAGUGGUGCCCGACCAUCCAAUGGCGGGUGCCUGCCAAUUUGAUUAUCGAUGGCAGCCCGUCUGGCGCUGACACAGUCGGGCUUAUUCAGGAGCGGAUCCUCAUCGCAAACUUUCCGGCCGAUGACUUCAUCAAGCCUGGAGCCUUUGCAGCCUUUGCCUGUGGAGCUUGCGUCCUGCGAGGGGUGUAG